AUGGAUGCAUUCUUUCUUUCUUUCUUUCUUUCUUUCUUUCUUUCUUUCUUUCUAAUCUUUCUUACUUUCUUCCUUACUGUUUCUUUUCCUCCUAUUUCUUUCUCUUUUUUUUUCUUUAUUCUUUUUUAUUUCCUUCUUUAUUUUUCUUUCUUUUCUUAUUCUUUCUUUCCCUUGCUUAUUCGUUCUUUCUUUUCAUUCCUUGUUCUUUCUUUCUUGUCCUUUCUUAUUGCUUCCUUUUUUCCAGUCUUUCAUUCUGACUGCCGUCGACAUCGCCCUCUUUUCUUCGCAAUCUUGCUCAUUCUGGACGUAAGGAAAUUGCCUGCCGAACCACACACACUUCCCUGGUCUUUCUAUACAUCUACAACGACUUCAGUUACGGCUAGUUUGCCGGAUAAUAUCAGAUGUUUUCCAAUGGCGAUGGUUAAGAGACUGUGUUUAUCGUUCCCGAGAGAACCGGCCCGUGGUCAGUGGAACUACAAUAAGCACGGUGCUCCGGACAGUGUCCAAACUCAUUGUGGACAAGUGGACACCUUACUGGAUAUUUGUGCAAAAGUAGUGGCCGAAAAUAUACCUUUUCAGUCAAUAGAACAACGUUUUGACAGGAUACCUGAACCAGUACAAAGUCGCAUUGUCUAUUGGUCAUUUCCUCGAAAUGAAACUGACAUCUGUAUGUAUUCUUCGUUUUCCAAUUCCUGGAAGGACAAUAAUGGUGAAACUCAAAAAUUACCUUUUCACCACGGUGUCCGACUUUUAGAAAAUGAAUGCGUGGAUAAUGUCUUACAAAUAGGUCAAAGUAUAAUAUUUCUUUUUUUUUUUUCCUCGUUCAAGUCUCGUAUUUUUCUCCUCCUCCUUCGUUCGUACGCAGCUGAUAUUUUUCUCUUACUUCAAUUUAUCCACCCCCUCCCGUUCUAUAUCUAUAUCUUCAAUUUUUUUUUUUUUUUUUUCCUCUCUGGUUUAUCUAUCUACGACCGCCUCCCUCUUUAA